GUUCUGUCUGGCGGCCCAUCCCGGAAGCGGGUCUGAAGGCGGUUGCGGUCGGUGUAGUCGGGGAGGUCUCGCUGCUUCCCCGGGCGGGUGCGGCUUCUGCUGACACCAUGGCCGCCGCGGAUCCGCGCUAUCCCCGCGCCUCCAUUGAGGAUGACUUCAACUACGGCAGCUGCGUGGCGUCGGCCAGCUUGCACAUCCGAAUGGCCUUUCUCAGAAAAGUCUACAGCAUCCUUUCUCUGCAAGUUCUCCUAACUACAGUGACCUCUGCAAUGUUCUUAUACUUGGAGUCUAUCCAGACAUUUGUACAGGAAAGUCCUGCCUUAAUUUUGGUGUUUUCCCUUGGAUCUCUGGGAUUGAUUUUUGCGUUAACUUUAAACAGACACAAGCAUCCCCUGAACCUGUAUCUGCUGUUUGCAUUUACACUGUUGGAAGCUCUGACUGUGGCAGUUGUUGUCACUUUCUAUGAUGUAUAUCUGAUUCUGCAAGCUUUUAUACUUACUACUGCAGUAUUUCUUGGUUUGACUGUAUAUACUCUGCAAUCUAAGAGAGAUUUCAGCAAAUUUGGAGCAGGGCUGUUUGCUGUUUUGUGGAUUUUAUGCUUGACGGGAUUCUUGAAGUUAUUUUUUUAUAGUGAGACAGUAGAAUUGGUCUUCGCUGCUGUAGGAGCCCUUCUUUUCUGCGGAUUCAUCAUCUAUGAUACACACUCACUGAUGUAUAAACUGUCUCCCGAAGAGUAUGUGUUAGCUGCCAUCAGCCUCUACUUGGAUAUUAUCAAUCUAUUCCUGCACCUGUUGAAAUUUCUGGAAGCAGUUAAUAAAAAGUAAUUGAAAGAAGUAUAUGGGGAUUGUUUCAUUACAUAAAAAUGACUGAGUCAUACUUAAAUAUUAAAAACACAUGAUCUUUAUUGGCA